AUGACCCUGUUGGCAGGAGAUGGCUCAGACUACGACUACAGUGCCCUGAGCUGUGCCUCUGACACCACCCUCAACCACCCUCCCCAACAAGAGGAGGCUCGCAAAGGAGCCUUCUACAAGAGGGCCCAGCUUGUCCCAGACCUCAGAACCAUCCCUGACAACAUCUCCCUGUCCAGCGCUCGGAAGCUCCAUGUCAUCAUCAAUGUGGGGGGGCUGCGCUACCAGCUGCCCUGGACCACCUUAGAGGAUUUCCCUCUGUCUCGUCUGGGUCAGCUGCACCUCUGCAGCAGCUUUGAUGAGAUCAUGUGCAUCUGUGAUGACUAUGAUGUCACACACAACGAGUUCUUCUUCGACCGCAGCCCCUGUGCCUUCCGCACCAUCCUGACUUUCCUGCGGGCGGGGAAGCUGCGCUCCCUCAGGGAGAUGUGCGCCCUCUCCUUCAGGGAGGAGCUGCUCUACUGGGGUGUCCCGGAGGAGAGCCUGGAAUGGUGCUGUCGCCGGCGUCUGCUGCAGAGCCUGGAGGAGUUGGAGGCUAUGGAGAGAGCAGAGGAGGAAGAGGAAAUCCUGGAGGAUCUGUUGGACUCAGAGAAUGAGCGCAGGGAGAGAAUGGUUGAGUCUGGAUUCACUGUGUGCAUGAGCAAACUGAGAGACAUGGUGGAGAGGCCUCAGUCCGGCCUGCCAGGGAAGAUCUUCGCCUGUUUGUCAGUGCUGUUUGUAGCCAUCACUGCCGUCAACCUCUCCAUCAGCACCAUGCCAGACAUAAGGGCGGAGGAGGAGGAGGGUAAGUGCUCCAAGACAUGCUCAAACAUCUUCAUUGUGGAGACCGUGUGUGUGGCCUGGUUCUCCCUGGAGUUCUCCCUGCGCUUCAUUCAGGACCGCAGGAAGCUGACUUUCCUCAGAAAGCCACUGAACCUGAUUGAUGUGGUGGCCAUCCUGCCAUACUACAUCACCUUGCUGGUGGACAACACCUCCAAAGGGGAGAAGCGGCUGGGUUCUGGCAGCAGCUACCUGGACAAAGUGGGCUUGGUGCUGCGUGUCCUCAGGGCCCUGCGGAUCCUCUACGUGAUGCGAUUGGCUCGGCACUCCCUGGGCUUGCAGACUCUUGGUAUGACAGCCCGGCGCUGCACACGGGAGUUCGGACUGCUCCUCCUCUUCCUGUGUGUGGCCAUCGCUUUGUAUUCCCCGCUGCUGUUCUUGGUUGAGAAUGAAAUGGCCUCCACUCAAGAGUUCACAAGCAUCCCUGCAACCUACUGGUGGGCUGUCAUCACUAUGACAACGGUGGGUUAUGGAGACAUGGUGCCAAGGAGCAUCCCAGGUCAGGUGGUGGCUCUGAGCAGUAUCCUGAGCGGGAUUCUCCUGAUGGCCUUCCCCGUCACCUCCAUCUUCCACACCUUCUCUCGGUCCUACGUAGAGCUAAAGCAGGAACAGCAGAGGAUCCUGCAGAGGAGGACACACUUCCUGCUGCGCAGCCGCAUGGCUGAGCUGGGCAGCAAUCUUUCCUUAGAGAGCGAUCUUCUCUUCCGCAUGCAGCCGUCUGACACAAGAGACCGGGACAACUGA